GGGUGUGCAACCGGACCAGUUUUUUUUCCUGUCUGGUCCAGAACCCGGAAACCCGGGUGCAUCCAGGUGGUUAACCGCCCGGUGGGUAAGAAGAUUCCGGAUCCGGGCACGAAUCCAGUUAUGUGACUCGGUUAUUUGUAACUGGGUCAUUUAAAAAGAAAAAAACUGCCCCUUUCUUGUCUUCUCGAAUCCGGCUUCUCUCUCGGUCUCGAAGUCCUUUGCACACGCUUAGGGUUUGCAGCUUUCUCGUCUUCCCAAAUCCCUUCUGGCCUUCUCUCUCAAGUCUUUCCAAUUCCCAAAUACCUUCUGGCCUUCUCUCUCAAAUCUUUCCAAUUCCCGAAUCCCUUCUUGCCUUCUCUAUCAAGUCGUUGCUCUAAAUCAUUGACAUGAAUACCCAUUAGACUCUAAAGAAGGAUCAACGAGGAUAAGACCAUAGAAUACAAGAGCAGAACACUACAAUACAAAGUAUGAAAGUACCAUAGACAAAGAUUCAAACCCAGUAACACAGAAUAAUAUUAAACAAUAUAUAUUCGAAGAGUAGUUUCUUCUGUCAGUGGUAUCAAUUUUAGGAUAUAAGCAAUCUCUGCCCAUUUAAUACCACCAUAAAAAAUAGAGAUUGAUAUUGUUUAAUGCCACAAAAGGAAAUGUGAAUUUCACAUCCUAGAUUAAAAACAAUGAUUAAAACUAAAUCCUAUGUGAAAAACAGAGCAAAGGAAAAAAUCCACUAAUAAGGUAUCGAAAUAAGCUUACAGAGGCUCACUAAUGAUUAAGACUAAAUCCCAUUCAACUUUACCACUAAUAAUGGGGUUGGUAGGGUUUAAGACUUAUUAAGGAUAGUUACCAUUUUCUAUAGCACAAAAAGAGGAAAAAAAAAAUCAGAGAAUCAGUGAUAACGAUCCAAUCAUAAGCAGAGAAGGUCAUCAGCUCUUACUUUUGAUUCCGGAAACACACAAUGUUGCCAAGAUGGGGCAGAACUAUUACUAAUCUCUCGAGAGUUGGUUUGCAAAACAAAUUGAAAUUUGGAAAGGACUUCAAUGUUGUUUCAUGCCGUAGCUAUGCCAAGGUUGUUGCUGAUUCCAUGGACAGAAGUCUCCCGAGUGAACCGCUGAUUAACUUAGACAGAAUGUUUUGGUCUAAGCCCUGUUCACUGGCUUUGGCCCCGGACUCUCCCCUAGGAGCUGAAGAACCAAAGUAUGAGGGCGUUAAGCAUUUCAUUCUUAAGCUGAUGUUGUUUUAUAGUAAACAAAGCAAGUCUAUUCGAGGUGCAAAUGUGGUAUACCGGCGAAUCAUUUCACAAGUUGAUAAGCCUCUUAUUUAUGAAGUAUUUAACUUGGAGAAAACAUUCAAAACAACAUUCUCUUUACUUGUACUUCAUAUGUGGCUUUGCUUACGCCGCCUGAAAGAAGAGGGAAAGGAAGGUGUUGAAUUUGGGCAGUACUUGUAUGAGAUAUACAAUCAUGAUGUGGAGCUGAGAGUUUCAAAGGCUGGGGUUAACUUACUAUUGAUCAGAUGGAUGAAGGAUUUGGAGAAAAUAUUCUAUGGAAAUAUCGUUGCCUAUGAUUCUGCAAUCCUUCCAGAGGCUAGAUCAGAUGAGCUGCCAAAAGUAAUUUGGAGGAAUAUAUUUUCUGAUGAUGGUUCAUCACAGCCAAAUGAUGCUGCAUCACGAACAGCUCAGGCUAUGGCAAGGUAUGCUCGCCGGGAAGUUGGCUGCCUGUCCUUAACUGACAAAGAAGCUAUGCUUUCUGGGAACUUCAUGUUUACCUCGUUAGAGACAGAGAAGUUGAAUUCGAAGGGGUGUAGGUGAGACUCCAUGGGUCAAAUUGAAAGUUUCAAUUUCACAAGUAAUUCCUGCUGAAAAUCCUAUAUAUCUUCAUUUGAUAAUAGCUGUAAAGCCCUUCUAAAAAGGAAUGUGAUUGAUUUUGCCAUUUUAUUAAUCUUCUUCCCGAGUGGUUCAGCAAGUAGGAUGCCCUUGAAUUUUGGUGGAACAUCUACUGAUGCUGUAUUUCAAAAUGUUUCUUUAAAAUUCUAUAGCAAGAUUGUCAGUUUCUUACCACCCAAUUUUCAUAUUUCUUAAUGAUGUUCUUGCUAAAUUUAUGACCUUAAUAAAAAUAGUUAUACUAUAUACUUCACUCCUA